AUGUCCGGCAAGAGAAUCCUCGAUGCGAUUGCACUCUUGAAUGCCUCUCGCAAUAUCGCAGUCAAGCAUUUCAACAUCCGGGUUUCUCAAGUUAAGCUCUAUGGCCAGACAUCCUCGGUUGUCAAGGCAGUGAGAAACCGAGCCUUGCCAGCGCUGGCCACUUCCGUGUCUCGAUUUGCAUCCUCACAACCCCCCUCCCGACCUCCGAAAGAGGGCCUUGACCAAGACCAUUUUUAUGACCGCUCGGAGCAGAACUCGCCUGCUCAAACUGCCCCAAACGGCGACCUCGAUGUCCAACAAGCGCAGGCAGGGAGGUCUCCUCUCCCAGAUGGGACGAUACCGCCUGAUGGAAGCCCGAUUGGGCAAGAGACGGGAGAUGGAAUGAGUUUUAACAAGAGACCUGCCGGCGAGACGCCGCAACAUCCCGUCGAAGGAAGUGGCGCCCAGGACCUACACCCCGAGUCUCUAGCACAGUCAACCAUACCAGACCCUACAAGCCGGCAGCCACUGUCACCAGACCAGGCCCGAAGGCUUCAACGCCAGUCCGAGAAUCAAAUACCUGCGACAGCCGCCGAACCUCCUACGGGAGAAGAAAGAGAAUUUGGGGUUGAGCAAGAGCAGGAUGUGUUCUAUCAACCCCCCGACACUGCUAAGCCUGUCCUAUCAGCACUUCCACGAGUCAAGGUGCCGAAAUCUGAGAAUGAUGUUCAAGAAGGUGACUCGCAUAUUCCUCCAGGUAUCAAUGCAGAUGUCUACUAUUCUGGAUCGAAGCCCCAACACGGGACUGUGGACAACGAGCCCAAUGAGGAGCAAUUGUCCCAGCUUUUUCACAAUCCGAGACAUGCAACGACACUGCUCCGACAGAAAUCCAAUUCUCUUCCCUCGUCAAAGCGACGAUUCCAUACCUCACGAUCCUCGCCACAGAAAGCCUCAGACACAGAUGAGGAAAGCAUCAAACAACUUGCUGCAGACAUGGCCAAGGAUGCUCAAAGAAUCAAAAACGCUCAACCCGUCGCCAAUGUCCAGCCAUACCAGAUGCGAGAAUCUCGAGUUCCAUCUUCCAGGAUUGGACGUAUUUUCGAGUACGGAGGUCUGGCAGCGAGUAUGGCAUUUGGCGCAGUCAGUGAAAGUAUCAGCCGGUCGGGCGGUCCUCAAGGUUCAAUCAUGCUCAGUGCAGGCAAUAUGGAGCGUCUAGUGGCGAAAUUGUCCAAAAUGCGAGGUGCAGCUCUGAAGUUAGGCCAAAUGAUGAGCUUCCAAGAUGCCAAACUGCUGCCCAAGCCCAUUCACGAUGUGCUACAACGUGUGCAAGAUAGCGCUGACUACAUGCCCGCCUCACAACGUGAUGCAGUGAUCUCAGCCGACCUGGGCCCCAACUGGCGUGACUUGUUUGAGGAAUUCGAAGAGCGUCCCAUGGCUGCAGCCUCGAUCGGGCAAGUCCAUGGUGCCACUAUGCGAAGCUCGGGAAAGAGGGUGGCGGUGAAAGUGCAGUAUCCUGGUGUGGCCGAGUCUAUUUCUUCAGAUCUGAACAAUCUCUCCCUGCUCCUCACUGCUUCGCGACUGUUGCCGAAAGGACUGUACCUCGACAAGACAAUAGCAAAUGCUCGUACCGAGUUAGGCUGGGAAUGCGACUAUAAGCGUGAAGCUGAAGCUGCGAAGAGAUUCCGCGAGCUACUCGCUGACGAGACAACGGUCUUCACAGUGCCAGAAGUCUUUGAUGAAGCUUCUGGGAAGCGCGUAUUGACUAUGGAGCGGAUGGAAGGCGUUGCUGUGACGAAGAUCCAAAACUUCACGCAAGAGCAAAAAGACUGGAUCGGGAGUCAGAUUCUUCGACUCUGCCUGCGCGAGAUCAUCGAGUUCAAAUACAUGCAGACAGAUCCCAACUGGACAAACUUCCUCUACGACGCCCACACCAACAAACUGGAACUGCUCGACUUUGGAGCAUCACGAGAAUAUCCAGCUCAAUUCAUUGACCUGUACGUCAGGGUCCUCGACGCCGCGUCGAGGAACGAUAGAAAUACCUGCCGAGAUCUAUCGAUCAAGCUUGGAUACCUUACUGGCUACGAAUCCAGAGCUAUGCUGAACGCACACAUUGACUCAGUUAUGACGCUGGCAGAGCCUUUCAUGAACUCGGCGCCUGAUGUUUAUGACUUUCAAAACCAGACUAUCACCGACCGAGUCCGGGGUCUCAUACCCGUCAUGCUCAGAGAACGGCUUGCACCACCGCCGGAGGAAACGUACAGUCUACACCGAAAACUGAGUGGUGCAUUUCUUCUGUGUGCUAGACUCGGCAGUCGAGUUCGAUGCAAAGAUAUGUUCCAACAAGCUCUUGUCAAGGCUGGAAUACGGUGA